UUUUUUUUUUUUUUUUUUCCCUCUCCUCCCUCCCCGGCCGGGCCGAGGCGGCGCCCAUGGAGUUCUCGGAGCUGAUCAAGACGGCGACAGUGGAGGACGUGCUGCUGUCGCGGCCGGGGGUGGCGGCGGUGCGGGGCACCCUGUGCAUCACCAGCCACCACCUGCUGCUCUCCUCCUGCCCCCGCGGCGACCUGGAGCUCUGGCUGCUCAUCCGCAACGUGGACGCCGUGGAGAAAAGAGUGCAGAAUUUAGGCUGGUACCAACCUCCUCGGAGCGGCGGCUCCCUGCGGGACACCGGGGUCUCGGGCUCCUCGGGCACCAUCACGCUGCGCUGCAAGGACCUGCGGGUGCUGCAGCUGGAGAUCCCGGGCAUGGAGCAGUGCCUGAACGUCGCCAGCUCCAUCGAGGCGCUCUCCUCGGUGGACUCGGUGAUGAUGCUGUACCCGUUCUUCCACCGCCCGCCGGGCCUGCGGCUGCAGCAGGGCUGGCACCUCGGUGUCGCCGAGCGCCACCUCCAGCGGGUGGCCGCGCAGACCAGCCAGUGGCGGCUGAGCACCGUGAACGGCGACUUCAGCGCCUGCCCCUCGUACCCGCGGGCCGUGCUGGUGCCCGCGGCCGUGGGCGAUGAGGCCGUGGCCAAGGCGGCGAGGUUCCGGCAGGGCGGCCGCUUCCCCGUGCUCUGCUACUUCCACCCCAAAAACGGCACCGUGAGUCCCUCUGCCUUCUGCCCCUCUGCCUUCUGCCCCUGUGCCUUCUGUCCCUCUGUCCCUCUGAACGGGGGGUUCCAGCUUCAGAGGAUUCCAGAAUCGGGGGAUCCAAAACCAAACCCAUUACAAAGUACAAAAGCACACCAAACAGCCCACGGCUCUGUCCCCUCUGCCAGGGGCCGCCCGCUGCAGGAGAGCUUUGCCCGGCUGGCGGAGGCGUGCGGCGACCCCGCUCCGAGCAUGGAGCGCUGGCUGGGCCGGCUGGAGGGCAGCCGCUGGCUCAGCCACGUCAAGGCCGCCCUGAGCACGGCCUGCCUGGCUGCCCAGUGCCUGGACAGGGAGGGCUGCUCGGUGCUGGUGCACGGCGCCGAGGGCACGGACACCACGCUGCUGGUGACAGCGCUGGCCCAGCUCAUCCUGGACCCCGCCUGCCGCACCCUGGAGGGAUUCCAGGAGCUGCUGGAGCGGGAGUGGAUCCAGGCCGGGCACCCCUUCCAGCUGCGCUGCGCCCGCUCCGCCUCCUCCCACGCCCGGGGGAAGCAGGAGGCGCCGGUUUUCCUCCUCUUCCUCGACUGCGUGUGGCAGCUGAGCCGGCAGUUCCCCUUCUCCCUGGAAUUCGGGGAGCAGCUGCUGCUCACCCUCUUGGACAACGCCUACGCCUCGGCCUACGGCACCUUCCUGUGCAACAACGAGAAGGAGAGGAGCCUGUGUAAGGUGAGGGAAAGCACACACUCGCUGUGGGCCUGGCUGAACCAGCCUGAGGAGAAGGACAAGUACCUGAACCCUCUGUACUCACACAACCCCCUGGUGAUCUGGCCCUCCGUGGAGCCCCAGAGCAUCCAGCUCUGGCAGGGUUUCUUCCUUCGUUGGAUCCGUCCUUCCCAGCACCUGGAUGAGGCCAGGGUGGAGAUCCAGAGGUUGGUGCAGGGAAAGAACUCCUCCCUCCAGGAGAGCACAGGGAAAAGGCUGAGCCAGUCCCUCCCUGAGUCUCCUGCUGGGACAGAGAACGGUGAAACGGGGACAGCUGGGACAAGGUGACACUGGAAAUUCCCGUGGGAAGGGCUGUGCAGGACACAGACCCCGUGGGCAGCUCUGGGACAGGGGACAGAGCCUCCCUGUGCUGCCCACCCUGAGCUCGUUUCAGUAAAUCUCUCUCCCAGCC